GCAUUUCUAGAUUGCUGGGAGAGAGUUUAGAACUCAUCUUUGCUAUUUUAACAUCUUAUUUCACGCAGAGUUCUAUUAAAGUAACCUACGCUUCCACAGAGGAAUUUCGUCGGUCGCGCGGGAUACUUUCGUACCUGAGUCGAACGGCGCCUCUGGCAGCAGUAGCGCUCCGCUCCCCUGACUUCAAGACAGCGGAGGCAGCGAAAACCGCACCAAUAGUUGCGUCUCAGGUCGACAUGCAUUAGCACCGGACCACACCGGAUGAAGAGGUCCAUGAGACAGAAAUGAAAUUUGAGGUUCGAAAAGUCGGGGUGAUGCAGUUUCAACACAGGGUAGACCUGAAAAACAUGAGGUUUCUGAUACUCUCCCUGGCCGUCUGCUUUCUGCUGACGUCGGAAGUGCACGCGGGUGGUAAGAGCCACAGCGGACCGUGCGGAGGGAGAGACUGCAGCGGGGCGUGUAAAUGCUUCCCUGAGAAAGGUUCACGGGGCCAGCCCGGGCCGCUCGGGCCCCAGGGUCCCCGGGGCCCCCCGGGGCGCCCGGGUGAGGUGGGGGUUCACGGCCCCAAAGGAGAGAAGGGGGACUCGGGGCAGGGUGGCAUCACUGGACCCAAAGGCGCGGUGGGAUUGACUGGCGUUCCUGGGUUCGCUGGAGCAGACGGAAUUCCUGGCCACCCUGGACAAGCGGGCUCUCGUGGAAAACCGGGCGCCGACGGCUGCAACGGAACUCAGGGAGAGUCGGGGUUGCCAGGGCAACCAGGUGGUCUGGGCCGUCCAGGUGACCCGGGGCAGCAUGGGAGAAAGGGACAGAAGGGGGAAUCCCUGGAGGUCAGAGUGUUCAUGGAGAAAUUUCGGGGGGAUCCAGGUGACUCUGGCUUGCCGGGAUUACCUGGGCCUGUCGGUCUCCCAGGUUUGAUGGGCUUUAGAGGCUAUCCUGGGCCACAGGGCCCCCCUGGAUAUCCAGGCCCACCUGGACAAAAGGGUGCCAUGACUGUCGUAAUAAAGGGAGUCAAAGGAGAGCUGGGGGAGGCUGGUGAGCCUGGCCCCCCGGGGAACGACACCUACCCCCACACAUCCGUGACAACAGGACUUCCUGGCAGGAAAGGAGAAAAGGGUUUAAAGGGUGAAACUGGAGAUUUGGCCGAUAACAAGGGGGAGGAUGGGAUUAUGGGGUUUCCCGGGCUGCGGGGAACCUCAGGUCUGGACGGGGAACCGGGAGGGAAGGGCGAUAUCGGUGAACCAGGACCACAAGGAAGAGACGGACCCAAGGGUGAGGUAGGAGAACCAGGAGAAGUGAUAUAUUAUGGAGGCAGACAUGGAGAGGGACCACCUGGACCGGCCGGCCAGCCCGGCCGCAAGGGAGAGAGGGGUGAGCAGGGUGACAAGGGUCUUCCAGGACCCCCUGGACUUCCAGCAAUCUCCUCUGGUCAGGCAGUGGUCAACAUCAGCCCAUUUGGGCCGAAGGGGGAGAAGGGGCUGAAGGGUCUGCAGGGCGAACCGGGGCCCCCCGCUCAGCACCCUGGACGGCCUGGUUUUGAUGGGUUUCCAGGCACCCCAGGGCCGCCCGGGCCCAAAGGAUCGUUUUUACUGUAUAGGGGAAGAGGGCAGCCAGGCCCCGCUGGGCGGCCGGGACUCAAAGGCGAUGCAGGACUGUGUGAGUGCAGCAUCAGCGACUCUCCCCCUGGGGCUCCGGGUCCGGCAGGCGCACAGGGCCGCCCCGGAAUGACGGGCGAGUGGGGGCAGCAGGGCGACCAGGGCCUCCCUGGACGCAAGGGGAUACCUGGGUUACCCGGUUUUCCAGGGGUAAAGGGCGCUCCCGGUCCCAAAGGGAGAAAAGGAGACACCUGGGUGAUCACCGAGAAAGGACAAUCUGGAGACCCAGGAGACCCUGGACUAGAUGGAGGCAUGGGUGACAGAGGCCGGCCUGGGUUUUCGGGACGUCCAGGGGCCGCUGGACUGCGUGGCCCCCAGGGGGAAGGGCCGGUGGGCGCUCCAGGGGAGAAGGGGUUCCCCGGGGCACCGGGCUUGCCUGGGAAGACGGGCCUGGCGGGAGACCCGGGCCGGGUGAUGAGUGCAGAGAAGGGGCGCCGUGGUCUCGCUGGCGAUCCCGGGUUCGAUGGUUCGGUUGGCUUCCCUGGACUCCCUGGGGCUCCAGGAGGCUGUGUUCUGGAAGGUUCUGGAGAGCAGACAGAUGCUGAAGGAGAAUGUGAUCCAGUGCCAGGUCAACCAGGUGAUCCGGGAUUCCCUGGAAUUUCUGGGAUUGAUGGUUUCGCAGGUGUGCCAGGUUUUAAAGGGGAGCUAGGAUUAACCGGGGAGGGGGGAUCCAAGGGGGAGCGAGGAGAACCAGGCAGAGGAGGGGCCCCAGGACCACCCGGUUUUGUUGGGCCGCGUGGCGAUAAGGGUCAGCCUGGCAAUAAAGGGGUAGACGGGCCCCCAGGUCUCCCCGGGCAGCAGGGUAGGGAUGGGGAGGAGGGGCAGAAGGGGGCUCACGGGCUGGUCUUUGGGGCGGCCCCUGGACCCCCAGGAGAUGUGGGCCCUCCUGGACUCCAAGGCACCUGGGGCCCCAGAGGGGAGAUUGGUAACCAGGGAUACCACGGAAUGCCAGGCAUGCCUGGUAUCCUCGGACCCAAAGGUGAUCGGGGUCCUCCAGGCCUGCAGGGGGAGAUAGGGAGACCUGGACCAGAAGGAAAGUAUGGAUUCCCAGGGGUCCCAGGUCCACCUGGCCCCCCAGGGCCCCAAGGGAUCAUUGGUAGCCCAGGAUUUCCUGGAGACAGAGGAAUUCAGGGUGACCCAGGCCCACCUGGGCCUUCUGGGAUGAAAGGCACACCUGGAGAUCCAGGUGAUCUCGGUCUAAAGGGCAGAGAAGGCCUUCCAGGUGACCCAGGAGAGCCAGGUCCCGUGGGCUUUCCUGGAGUUCCUGGACUGCGAGGUUCAAAAGGCUCGCCAGGAAUGGCGGGCUUUACUGGGGUGAAAGGUGUAAAGGGUUUCUCCGGAGUUCCGGGCGUGAAGGGGGAGCCGGGUUUUCCGGGGGUCGCGGGAGUGAAAGGCGGAAUGGGAUGGCCUGGAGAAAAGGGUGACCGCGGGAUCGACGGGCCUCAGGGUGAAAAGCCGUUCGUCCCACCCAAGAUGAUCCUGGAGAUGAAGGGGGUCAAGGGCGACCUCGGAAUACCGGGACAGCCGGGAUUCACCGGCCCCUAUGGGCCCACAGGGUUACCAGGCCUGCCGGGACGAACGGGCAGUGAUGGCCUACCGGGGGACCCCAGCGAGGAUAAGGGGGCUUUGGGUGAUCCAGGGCCUGUGGGGCUUCCGGGACCUAAAGGGAUGCCGGGACCCACCGGCCCACCGGGGAUCUCAGGCUUUCCGGGGAUGGCCGGUUCGACGGGAGAGAAGGGCAGUCCUGGAGCCUACGGCCAGAGCGGAGACCCUGGACUGAAGGGAAAGAAAGGUGAGGCGGGUGCAGUGAUCGACUUACCGGGCUCCACGGGCCUUAGAGGGGAGUUUGGACCCCCUGGAUUUCCAGGAGGUAAGGGGUCCACUGGGCAGCCCGGAGACCGCGGCAGUCCUGGUUUCCAUGGCAUCGAGGGCAUGAAAGCGGAGAGUGGAGACCCUGGCUCUGACGGGCGCCCAGGCUUUGAGGGGAAAAGGGGCUCUCCAGGAGACCAGGGGCAGAAAGGCUUUCCCGGAACGCCGGGACAAACGGGAGCAGACGGAUUUCCUGGCACGCCAGGGCACAGAGGUUUUCCUGGUCUGAAGGGAAUAUUUGGACUGCAUGGCCUGAAGGGCCAGAAGGGAUUCCCUGGAACACCAGGUUUGGAUAACUGGGGGGCCCCAGGUGAGCCUGGGGGUAAAGGAGAGAGGGGAGAAACCGGAAUCUCCAGCACACAGUCCGGACUGCCAGGGUCACCAGGGCUCAAGGGCUCUGGUGGAGAUCCAGGUGACCCAGGCCAGCCAGGAGCUCCCGGAUUUCAAGGACCCCAGGGCCUGCCCGGAGAGCCUGGCCGCCUGGGUGCCAUUGGAGACCCUGGAUCAAAGGGACCGAAAGGAUAUCAAGGGUCCCCCGGGGUGAGGGGGAGUCCUGGAAUUCCCUCACCGUUUGGAGACAAGGGAGAGAAAGGCCUGUCCGGUAUAUUUGGGCAGGUGGGCCUGAAGGGACUCCUGGGGGAUCAGGGUCAACCAGGCGUACAAGGACAGCAUGGAGUGUCUGGGAAGAAAGGUGUGAAGGGGGAGCAGGGGCUGAUGGGAGUUCCUGGAAGGGCGGGUGUCCAAGGAGACAGGGGACCUGUAGGUCCAAAGGGAAACUCCGGGCCUCCAGGUUUCCCUGGAGCCCCAGGUGCUCAAGGUGAGGCCCCCAAGCCUCCCAAACAUUUGGGGGAGAGAGGACCACCAGGUCCACAGGGAAUUCGGGGGCCUGACGGUGUUUAUGGAGAAAAUGGCCCCCAGGGUCCGCCUGGUGACCCAGGAUUAUUUGGCCCCAAGGGGCAGAAGGGCAUGCCAGGAAUCGGCGGAACCCCAGGGGUGCCUGGUUACCGUGGCGAGGGCGGACAGAGGGGCCACCAGGGCCUUGAGGGCCUCGAAGGUAAUCCAGGUCGCCCAGGUACCCCCGGGAUCCCUGGCAUGGCGGGGCGCAGCGUGAGCGUGGGGUACCUGCUGGUGAAGCACAGCCAAUCAGAGCAGACGCCCAUGUGCCCUGUGGGCAUGUCCAAGCUGUGGGACGGGUACAGCCUGCUCUACCUGGAGGGCCAGGAGAAGGCACACAACCAGGACCUGGGCCUGGCUGGAUCUUGCCUCCCUCGUUUCAACACAAUGCCCUUCAUCUACUGCAACCCUGGCGACCUUUGCUACUACGCCAGCCGCAACGACAAAUCCUAUUGGCUGUCUACCACCGCCCCCAUUCCCAUGAUGCCUGUGGUGGAAGACGAGAUCCAGCCCUACAUCAGCCGCUGCUCCGUGUGUGAGGCGCCCUCUGUGGCCAUCGCGGUGCACAGCCAGGACGUCACUAUCCCACAAUGCCCUGCGGGCUGGCGGAGUCUUUGGAUUGGCUACUCCUUCCUCAUGCACACAGCGGCAGGUGAUGAAGGAGGGGGUCAGUCGCUGGUGUCGCCCGGCUCCUGCCUGGAGGACUUCCGCACCACGCCCUUCAUCGAGUGCAACGGCGCCAAGGGGACCUGCCACUACUUCGCCAACGAGCACAGCUUCUGGCUGACCUCCAUCGACCAGUCCUUCCAGAGCUCCCCGGAAAUGGAGACCCUGAAGGCUGGGCAGCUCCUGUCCCGGAUCAGCCGCUGCCAGGUGUGCAUGAAGAACCUGUGACCCCAAAGCAGAGGACAGCGCACCCCCCAAACCCCAUCUCGUCCCGCCGCGUCCAGAACGAGGACGUGGAAUGAGUGCAGAAGGCCUGAAACAGGUGCAGAAAUCAGGUGACCCAGCUCAGUAACGAGGCCCAAGAGUAUGUUUAGGUCCUGUGAGAGUUUUCUGUUCUGUAUUCAUUUUCAAAAGGUGCUUUUCCCCCUAACUUAUUACCUCAGUUGCAUUACAGACCACCUGCUCAUACAGACCCUCCCAAAAUGGCCUUUAUGCACUGUUUCUUGUGGUUUUAAAAAUCUCUUCUUAUAUUUUUUCUUCUGUAGUACAACAAGCAGAUUUAACAGUAUUUAACAAUAAAGUUUUACAAUAGUACUAACAUUUUACAGACUGUAGAUCAUACAGUAUUUGGUGUAUGGGACUUGAAACGCAAUCGUAUGCACUAUGCACACCAGUACUCUACUGUUGGGACCUCAAGACACAAAGUUGAUUUGGCCAUAGUGCUGACUGUUAGAAGGGUUAAGGGACAAACCUGUGGAGAAUGUUAUCCACAUUGGUGUGAUUCAACUCUAGAAUGAGGAUUUCCAGACCUGUGGUUGGUCGUCAUUUGUCCGACUCUGUCCAUUGGCAGUGUGGACAGUGCACAGUUGUGCGGUAGUCUGUAUACGCUACAUGCUCUACUCCUGGGCUCUGCACUCCACUCUGAGGUUCAUGCAGUGAAAUUGUUGCAAGAAGCCCUGCAACCUAACGUCUAGCUUAGGCUGUGGUCUUGACCACAGCAGUAGGUGGUCAAAAUUACCAUGUUGAGGAGAACCAAUCAGCAACCAGAAUACUUGACCAAAGCUGGGAAAAUAGACAUGGGUGGGGUAAGCUGGCAAGCACUGAGCAGUGUCAAGCAUUCUUAAAAUCAAUAAAGGUUAAUUGGAUUUCUUUUUUGUUUGGGAAAAAUUCAGCCAUGCUAUUGCAGCUCUAAUGUUAAGGUGAAAGUUAAGGAAAUACAUUCCAAAGUGUCUUUUGAACCUUAUGAAUCAUCUUUGAUUCAUGCUUUUGGAACAUAACAUCUCAACAGUUAGCAGGUACUCUAGUACAGUGACGCACAGUGCACAGAUUCAAAUUUUUACAUACAGUUCAUUUAUACCUGAAUAUUUACUGAAGUAUUUCAGGUUCAGUACAUUACUCAAGGGUACAAUGGUAGAGCACCAUUUGGGAAUCAAACCCACAACCUUUGAGUUACAAGCCCAGGUCCCUAACAAUUAUACUACGCUGCUGCCCUGCCAAACAGAUUACAUUUUCUUUUAACUCCUCAUGACUUCCCACUGUGGAAAAACUCCAAAUGAACUUUGUGUUUUGAAAUCCGUUUUCAGUAUUAACAUCCUCAGUUAUGUUAUCUCACACAACUUUUGACAUUUAUUAGAAAUAAAUGGCAAAGACGCUUCAUAAAAUUAACAGGCUUAUUGUUUCUUAGAAGCAAAAUGAUAGCAACAUGUGCCAUGAGUCUCAAUGUCCACCAUUAGUGUCAAGAAUGGGUUUCUUUAAACACUUUACAGCUAAACAGUGAAAUUACAGACAUGUAACAAAUAGGUUUUGACUUCUUGAAACUAUUUUAUCUAUAUAAAAUGCACUGAAAAGCUAUUUACUUUGUACUCCUUUCUUUACUUCAGCCCACUCAGCCUUGUUAAGUCGAGCCUUCUGGCCUUAUGUGUACAUACGCUACAAAUCAGUGUUAGACACCCGUGUUUUUGUUCUGCUCGUUGAUGUAAUUAUGCUGAAUAAAGGUCCUAUGGAUUUCUGUCAGAGAA